GCUUUUACUGUACCAGUACAUUUCAUAAGUGUUGCCUCGUAUGUUAUCGUUUUAAUACGUCCCCAUGGAUCAAUAAAAUUUUUAUAACAAGGUGCAUCGAAUAAAAAGAGUUUAAGUAAUAUUUCGUCAUCGAUAACGAAUUCGUAUCGUUGAGUGUAAAAAUUGUUUAAAGUGCCUGUAAGAAUACAUACUGAUUCGAUAGUUCGGUGAUAACUAUUUUUUCAGUUCUAAUAGAUUUAAAAAAGAAAAAAAGUAAAAAAAAAAUCGCAAGAUAAACAAUCGCCAAGGAAGCGACGAUCCCGAAUGAAUCCUGUUAUGUUUUGACGAAACGCUUGCAGAACGUGAAGUAUGAAUCCAUCUGAAUCACAGCAGGAUCUUCUUAGCAAUGAAGCCAGAGCACCCUCCGUACAAUCGCUAAAUCCACCGCCUGAUUAUGUUCUCGGACCCGUCGAAAAGCACUUUCUAUUGAGUGCGGAAAGAGGUGAUUGUGCAACUGUCAAAAGGUUAUUAGAAGAAAAUAAGGAUAAUCCAGAUAUUUUGAAUAUAAAUUGUGUGGAUCCAUUAAAUCGAUCAGCUUUAAUAGCAGCCAUCGAAAAUGAAAAUAUUGAGCUUAUUAAAUUGCUCCUGGAAUUAGGAAUACAAGUGAAGGAUGCACUUUUACACGCCAUCAAAGAAGAAUAUGUGGAAGCCGUGGAGAUUUUAUUAGAAUGGGAAGAAAAAAUCCAUGUUGUAGGCCAACCUUACAGUUGGGAAGCCGUAGAUAGAUCUUCAUCUAAUUUCACUCCUGACAUAACUCCGCUAGUAUUGGCAGCACAUAAAAAUAAUUAUGAAAUUCUGAAAAUACUUUUGGAUCGAGGAGCGACACUUCCUACACCUCACGAUGCCAGAUGUGGCUGUGACGAGUGCGUUAUUUCGAGCGAGGAAGACUCUCUUCGGCAUUCACAAUCUCGUAUAAACGCAUACAGAGCCUUAACAUCACCGUCUCUUAUCGCUCUAUCUUCGAGAGAUCCUCUUUUAACGGCUUUUGAACUUUCAUGGGAAUUACGUCGUCUCAGUCGAAUGGAACAAGAAUUCCGAUUUGAGUAUAAUGAAAUGCGAGAGCAAACGCAACAUUUUGCAACUGCAUUAUUGGAUCAUGCACGUACGUCAUACGAAUUAGAGAUUAUGCUUAACUAUAAUCCUACUGGAGAUAAUUGGGAACCCGGAGAACGACAAACUUUAGAAAGACUAAAACUAGCUAUAAAAUAUAAGCAAAAGCAGUUCGUAGCUCAUCCGAACGUACAACAAUUAUUAGCAGCUAUUUGGUACGAUGGUCUACCUGGUUUCAGAAGAAAAAGUAUGAUCGGUCAACUAAUCGAAGUUGGAAAACUCGGUGCUAUGUUUCCUGUGUAUAGUACAAUUUAUAUGAUCUCUCCUACUUCACAAAUGGGUUUGUUUAUGAAAAAACCAUUUGUUAAGUUUAUUUGUCAUUCUUCAUCUUACGCUUUUUUUCUCAUGUUACUCGGAAUGGCAUCUCAACGGAUUGAAUAUUUGGUUAUUGAAUUAUUUGGUAAUGUAUGGAUGCGAGAAAUACUUGCUGGAUGGAAGAGACGAGAGCGAGGUUGCAUUCCGGGUUUUGUUGAAUCUGGCGUUAUUAUCUACGUAAUAAGUUUAGUGAUCGGAGAAAUAAGAUCAUUAUGGUCAGACGGAUUAAUCGAGUAUGUAUCAGAUUUAUGGAAUAUAGUGGACUUUAUACAAAAUACGUUCUACGUUAUAUGGAUAGGUAUGAGAAUGACUGCUUGGUUUAUAGUACAGAGGGAAUAUUGGAGUGGAGAGGAUCCUUGGUAUCCAAGGGAUAAAUGGCAUGCCUUCGAUCCUAUGCUUCUCUCGGAAGGAGCCUUUGCCGCUGGAAUGAUAUUUAGUUUCUUGAAACUCGUUCACAUAUUCAGUGUAAAUCCACAUCUCGGACCUUUACAGAUUUCUUUAGGUAGAAUGAUAAUAGAUAUUAUUAAAUUUUUCUUUAUUUAUACUCUCGUUCUAUUCGCUUUUGGCUGUGGUAUGAAUCAGUUAAUGUGGUAUUAUGCUGACUUGGAAAAGAUGAAAUGUUAUCAUAUGCCUAACGGAUUGCCGGAUUUUGAUAAUCAAGAAAAAGCUUGCUCGAUAUGGCGAAGAUUUGCUAACCUUUUUGAAACCUCACAGUCACUAUUUUGGGCAAGUUUUGGUAUGGUAGAUUUGAUGUCUUUCGAUCUAACCGGAAUAAAAAGUUUUACAAGAUUCUGGGCUCUGCUUAUGUUUGGAUCAUAUUCGGUCAUCAACGUUAUUGUAUUACUCAAUAUGUUAAUUGCUAUGAUGUCUAAUUCCUAUCAGAUCAUUUCGGAAAGGGCUGAUACAGAGUGGAAAUUUGCACGAAGUCAUCUUUGGAUGAGUUACUUUGAAGAUGGUGACACUGUGCCACCACCGUUUAAUAUGGUUCCAACGAGUAAAACUUUUGACAAGAUUCUUAAAUGUGGCAAAACUUCACGACCUACACGGUCGUUGAUCAAAAAAUCUCGAGAGAAAGCAAUGAUCAGGCAUGACACCGUAAUGCGAUUACUUAUUCGUCGUUACGUGACAGCGGAACAAAGAAAACGUGAUGAAUUUGGUAUUACGGAAGACGAUGUCAUGGAAAUUCGACAAGACAUUUCGACAUUACGAUAUGAAUUAAUCGACAUUCUCCGUCAGAAUGGAAUGCGAACACCGACUAUUGAUAAACAGGACGCUGCAUUAUCUGGUAAAAAGGGUCGAGUAAUGGAACGUCGCUUGCAAAAGGAUUUCCAGAUUGGUAUAGUAGAAGGCAUCGUGAAUGCAGUUAUACAAGCAAAUGAAAAAGAACCGAAAGACGUGUUCAGUCAAAUUGCUAAAGCGAUCGGACGUAAAGGUAGCGGUAGUAAAAAGAAAGAUUGGAAUGCCGUUGUCCGACAGAACACGUUUGCUAAAGAUCCAAUAGGAAGUUCGAAUGAGGCAUUCGCAAAGCAAACGAGACGGAGUAUUCGUAGAAGUAUGCGGGGUCAAGCAAAUUCCGAUUUAGCCUCUCUUGAUCCUAAUCGUUUGCUCGAAUAUAAUCCAAAUCUAUCCGAAGUGACGCCUACGACGAGAAUCGCUUAUGCCAAAUUCAUGAUGAAACGAAUUAAGCAGAUUGAUGAAGUUGAAGAUAAGGAAGGAACUGAAGCAGGAGAAGGAGAAGGAGCAGGAGAAGGGAAGAAUGCAACUUCCUCUCAAAGAUCAAGUGUGAAGGUAAAAAUGUGCGAAGGUGAACGUCCAAAGUUAAUUUUGUCAGAGUCUCUGAAGAAAGGAAUAUUAAAAUCAAUGAGCGCUGGAAGUAUCGAUAAACAGGGUGAUAAGUUAACACCAGAUGGAAAGCCUGCAGAACUUAGAACUCCAUCGCCAAUACCUGAAGAUCCGAGAGAGGAUGAUGUCAGCAAGAUAUCAGAUGAGGCACAAACCUCAGCAAGUAAAUCUGGCAAAGCUGAUGAAGGUAAGGUAACCCAAGAGCCAGCCAAGGAUCAAAAUGUAGAUGAUGGAAAAAAGAAAGAAGAAGAAGAAAAGAAGAAAGAAGAGGAAGAGAAAAAGAAGAAAGAGGAGGAAGAGAAAAAGAAGAAAGAGGAGGAAGAGAAAAAGAAGAAAGAGGAGGAAGAGAAAAAGAAAAAAGAAGAGGAAGAGAAAAAGAAGAAAGGGGGAACAGAUAAAGAAGUACCAAAGACUUCAAAGCAGCAAGAAGAUAAUGUUCCAGUGGCUACAACAAAAUUACGUGGAAAGUCUAAAGCGACCGGUCAAAUUAUGGGCGGUUGGAUUUAAACGUUUUCUUAAUUGAUUUUCUAAGAAAUUGAUAACAUAAACAUACCGAUAUCUUUAACUUUCGAAUGAUUACUGAUAGUCAUAUAUCUUUCGAAUUAUCAAUGACAUUAAUUCAUACAUAUAUGAAUCGUUAUAACAGGCACAUUCAAAGCAUAUUUCAUUUGUAGAUAACAUCCAGGUUAUUUUGGUAAAAACAGAGAUGUGUUUACAACGCUCUUCUCUCUAACUUAUUAUAUUAAAUUACGCUUUUCACGCUGUAUUUACGUCACAUUUUGAUCAUUUAGAGAUAUUGUAAGAUUAAAAAUUAUAUAAAUCCUCUAACCAUAAUUAAUUUUUUGAAAUCAUAUUUAUUGUAUAACACAUUGUGUACGUAAUAACAUUCAUUUUUAACACUAA